UUUGCCUCCGCGGCCGGUGGCGCGGUCCCUGUGACACUCUGAAGCCGGCAGUUGUAGAGCCGCCUCUUUGUCCCGUCCCCUUGACCAGCGGUGCCUGGCCUGGAGCAUGGCGUCUGCCGGUACAGCGGAGAAAAAGGCAGACAUGGCCAGGUGACACCCCCAUUGCCCUCUGUCCCCAACUCUGAAAACAGCUCCUGAGACCUGAAUUACAGAGCAUCAUUUUAACUGGACAAACUGCAGCUGAAACAAGCUUUUCUUGGAGGUCACAAUGACCACCCAAGGCAGGGGGACUUUAGGCCUCCUCCGUAGGGGUGCUGUUCUCCAGAAACAUGAGGGGCGCCAGACCAUGAAGCAGGAGCCAGGGAGCCAGACCUGGGGUCAGGGCUGCAGUCUCCAAAAGAACCACCCUCCUGUCUGUGAAAUUUUCCGGCUACACUUCAGGCAGUUAUGUUACCAUGAGAUGUCUGGGCCGCAGGAGGCACUGAGCCGGCUCCGGGAGCUCUGCCAGUGGUGGCUGAUGCCAGAGGUACACACCAAGGAGCAGAUCCUGGAGCUGCUGGUGCUGGAGCAGUUCCUGAGCAUCUUGCCUGGGGAGUUACAGACCUGGGUGCAGCUGCAUCACCCUAAGAGUGGCGAGGAGGCUGUGGCUGUGGUGGAGGAUUUUCAGAGACACAUAGGAGAGGUUUCAGCUCCUGUACAGGAACAGGAAAUGCAUUUGGAGGAGAUGACAGCCCUGGGUACAACAGAGGAAUCUCUUCCCACCUCAUCCUUCAGUGAGAGUUCAGGCUCUGGAGCCCACCUGGAGCCUCCUCAUGACCCAGGGACACACUUCCUUCCCAUUGGGCACUCUGGACAGUGUGCUUCCCGGGUGCCAGCCCUUUUCCAAGCUGGGAAGUCAGGAGAUCAGGCAGCAGCAACUGUGCUUCAGAUGGUCGGGCCCCAGGGAUCUGCAGCGUACCAGUUCCUUUCUGUGGACUAUACUGAGAGGAAGUGGAAAGGUCCGGCCCUCAGUCAGAGAGCUGUGUACCGGAGCAUCAUGCCGGAAAACUGUUGCAGCGUGGCCUCAAUGGCAGGUGAGACUAGGAUGCAGCAUUCAGAGUUGCCUGCAAAACAGGAAGUUUCUAAAGAACCAUUGUUACCUGAUGGGACAUCUGGAGGCCUCUGUGGAGUAGUUUCUGAGGAACUGGAGGCAGGAGCUGCCUGUGAAGGUACUUUAGAAAAGCUGGAAGGGCAACCCUCAGAGGAAGAAGGAAGCAGACUGGAAAAUGAUUUCUUUGAAAUAACACGUGAAGAUAAAGAUAAAUCCACAAAGGAUGCAUGUGAUGACUAUAAUGAACUUGGGAAGCAUCCGGAUCUGUCCUCUAGUGCUGUAGAAUGUCAAGGAAUUUCGAAGGGACAGAAAUUUUAUCAAUGUGAUGAAUGUGGUAAAGCUUUCAAUCGAAGUUCACACCUCACUGGGCAUCAAAGAAUCCACACUGGAGAGAAACCCUACGAGUGUAAUGAAUGUGGUAAGACCUUCAGGCAGACCUCUCAACUCAUAGUUCAUCUCAGAACCCACACAGGGGAAAAGCCCUAUGAGUGCAAUGAGUGUGGAAAUACUUACCGACACAGCUCCCAUCUUAUUCAACACCAGAGACUCCAUAAUGGUGAGAAACCAUAUAAGUGUAAUGAAUGUGCAAAAGCCUUCACUCAGAGUUCCCAACUGAUUGACCACCAGAGAACCCAUACUGGGGAGAAACCUUAUGAAUGCAACGAGUGUGGUGAGGCCUUCAUUCGUAGUAAAAGUCUUGUCCGACAUCAGAUAGUUCACACUGGUAAAAAACCUUAUAAGUGUAGUGAGUGUGGGAAAGCUUUCUGUUCUAAUAGAAAUCUUGUUGAUCAUCAGAGGAGCCAUACUGGGGAGAAGCCUUAUGAGUGUAAUGAAUGUGGCAAGGCUUUCAGUCGGAGUAAAUGUCUUAUUCGACAUCAGAGCCUCCACACUGGGCAAAAACCAUACAAAUGUAGUGAUUGUGGGAAAGCUUUCAAUCAGAACUCUCAGCUUGUUGACCAUGAGCGAAUUCAUACUGGAGAAAAACCUUUUGAAUGUAAUGAAUGUGGUAAGGCAUUCAGUCUCAGUAAAUGUCUUAUUCGACAUCAGAGACUUCACACAGGUGAAAAGCCCUAUAAAUGCAACGAGUGUGGAAAAUCCUUCAACCAAAACUCACACCUUAUUAUUCACCAGAGAAUUCACACUGGUGAGAAGCCUUAUGAAUGUAAUGAGUGUGGGAAGGGCUUCAGUUACAGCUCCAGUCUCAUGGUACAUCAGAGAACCCAUACAGGGGAGAAACCCUAUAAAUGUAGUGAUUGUGGGAAAGCUUUUAGUGACAGCUCACAGCUCAUUGUGCACCAGAGGGUUCACACAGGAGAGAAGCCUUAUGAAUGUAUUGAGUGUGGGAAAGCCUUCAGUCAGCGUUCCACUUUUAAUCACCACCAGCGAACUCACAUUGGAGAGAAGCACUCAGGUCUGGCUCGCUCAGUUUCUUAAGAUAUGAUUUUCUAAGGAAUUAA